AAAUGGAUUUUUUUUUUUUUCCAUUUGAAGCACUUUUACAACGAGGGAGAGAUUUGUUUGAAUACUUGGCAUCAAAUACGACUCCAACAUGGAGGGAAUUGCUGGGAAAAGGUUUGUGUGAAGGAACUUCUCCCUCCUGCAAGGUGACAGAGGCAUCCGAUGUCAAAGCUGUCUGUGUUCUGGACAGUUUGCUUGUGACAGUGAUGGGCCAUAUGGAUUUGGGGCUUUGCUGGGCUAUGCAGAUGGUCGUGGCACCUUUCCAGAGCUGCAGACCUGAUUCUUGCUUAGCCCCAGUGUGUGGGAAUCGAGUUAAUCUCUCCAGUGCUUUUCCCCUUGGCGUCACAACAGUGCGUCAUCCAUGGAGGAGGCGACGUCAUGGCCUAAAUUCCACACCUGGGCCUUAUGUGAUAUGUUAAUAGUUUAUUGGCUGAAGCUUUGCACUGGUUUCUGUUAGUAAGAGCACACAAACUAGUAGUUUUUAACAGAAUUACUGUGAGUGCAGAAGUUUGCAGUUCUUGCUCACCUGCAGCACCCCAAAAUACAGAUUACCAGGAAGUCCUUUGGAGGUGGAGUUCUGAUUUUCUCCCCCAUACAUCCCCCUGUCACUUCCAGCAUCUCGGUACUCCAGACCCAAGGCUGAGUCAGAUCCUGGGGAGUCUUCCCUGAUGAAAAUGCACAAGUUCAAAAAUAAAAACAAUUGCAUGAAAACAAUACAACUCCAACACUUCCAGUUCAGGAAGCUUAGUGACCGGAGGAUGCUCUGCUUAAACAAUUAGGCUCCUUAUCCCGUCAGUGCGUCUGAGGGACAAGCCAACCACUUAAGCUACGAUUAUCUUAAAACUGUCCAAGUCAGCUGCUUGUCUGACACUGCAGGAAUUUAAAGAGCUGAGCAGUAGAUAAGCAGGCAGUGGAGCAGCAGCCCUGUUCUCCCUGCCCUGCGAGGAGAGCUCCAUGAGUUCGUCUGACGCAGCAAGAAAUCAGGCAGGAGUGAUGAGCUACCUGGAUGAAGUUCCCUUCAGGAUGGCCCUGAGCCUCGAUGGGGACUCAGGGGGAGAAAUCCCCUUAAUCACUGCCCCGGACAUCGAGGUCCCCGACUGCACCGACAUCCUCAUGAGCACCAUGCACGACUUCUCCCUGGAAAGGAAAGUGCUUUACUGGGUCGAGGUGGCCUCUCAGCAGCAAACCUGCCGGCACCGGGUCACCUCCGAGGUCGUCCCCACGGCCCCGCCGUGCUGGCUGCUGCUGGUGGACCCCGCCGACAGCUACGGGGGCCGGGCGCGGGACGCGGCGGUGCGGCGCUCCAUCAGCAUGAGCGCCGCCGACACCUCCUACGGGCACGCCAGGGGCAGGGCGGGCCUGUCCGACACCGAGAGCGAGACCUGGCACUCGGAGGAGGGCGACUACUCGGACGAUGAGUACUCCUCGACCUCCCUGGAGGAGAAUGACAAGGAUGAAAAGCUCCUCUCCAGGAGGAGAAGCUCUGGGAGAAGCGUGGCUUCACGUCUCAGCUUUUACCAGACCCGACCAAAGACAUCACCUGGUUUGCUGGAGCCCUCACCAGAGAACAAUGUCCACAGCCCAGCCAGCCCGGACCCCAGCAAGCAGAGAAGGUCCAUGGUGAUAUUUAACAACAUGAAGAAUGAGCUGGAGGCAGCCAGGAGGAAGCUGGCUGCUCUGGUGCAUCCUUUGAACAGAGCUGCCACGGGGGGCAGGGGGAUCCCGGUGCCACGGCUGCUCCCACAGUGUCCCGGCACCAACCGUGGUGUCAAGUACGGGCCAGCCCAGGACGUGUCCCAGCUGGGGACCUUGGUGCCAACUCCUCCAGCCACGCCUGCACCAAUCCCACCCAUCAAGAGGCACAAACCCACAGUACCGUCCCUCAGCCCCUACACCUGCCUCCCCCCUGCCUGCACACCUGGGAGACCCCUCAGCUCCCUCAGAUCCCAGCCGGAUUCCUCGGCUGACCUGCUCUCCGCUCUGAGCCAAGAGGAGCGAGACCUCAUCGAGCCCGUCAUAGCCCUGGGCUACCCCACGCACAAAGCCAUCCUCACCCUCCAGAAGACGGGAAGGCAAAGCCUAAGUCAGUUCCUGAGCUACCUGGGUGCCUGUGACCGGCUGCUGAAGCAGGGCUACGAGGAAGGGCAGGUGGAGGAGGCCAUGGAAAUGUUCCAGUACUCGGAGAAAAAGGCAGCUGAAUUCUUGCAUCUGUUGGCUCAGUUUAAUGAUAUGGGUUUCCAGCAAAAUGAAAUCAAAGAAGUUCUUUUGCUUUGUGGGAAUCAGAGGGAGAGGGCGCUGGAAGAGCUCGUGAUGAAAACCCACUGAGCAGCACCCUGGACCCAUCACAGCUUCCCCUGUCCAGACUGCACCAGAAGCACUCAGGUGGUUCUGCUGCUCCAUCCCCACCCCUGGAAACAACCAGUCACGGGCCUUCACAGCUCUUCCUUGGUGUCUCAUCUCAUUUU